CCAGGCGUGGGGAGCGUGGGAACGCGGCGGCGGGCGCGAGCUCGGCCGCGGCAGGAUGUGUGACCGGAAUGGUGGGCGGCGGCUCCGCCAGUGGCUGAUUGAGCAGAUUGACAGCAGCCUGUACCCUGGGCUGAUCUGGGAAAAUGAUGAGAAGAGCAUGUUCCGUAUUCCUUGGAAGCAUGCUGGCAAGCAGGAUUACAACCAAGAAGUGGACGCCUACAUCUUCAAGGCCUGGGCAGUUUUUAAAGGGAAGUUUAAAGAAGGGGACAAAGCUGAACCAGCCACUUGGAAGACGAGGUUACGCUGUGCUUUGAACAAGAGCCCAGAUUUUGAGGAAGUGACGGACCGAUCCCAGCUGGACAUAUCCGAGCCAUACAAAGUUUACCGAAUUGUCCCAGAGGAAGAGCAAAAGUGCAAACUGGGUAUAGCACCUGCCAGCUGCAUGAGUGAGGUCACAGAGAUGGAGUGUGGCCGUUCUGAGAUGGACGAGCUCAUCAAGGAGCCUCCUGUGGACGAGUACAUGGGCAUGGCCAAGAGGAGCCCCUCCCCACCAGAGGCCUGCAGGGGCCAGCUCCUCACCGACUGGUGGGCGCAACAGCCCAGCACAGGCCUGCCAUUGGUGACCGGGUACGCUGCCUAUGACACACGCCAUUCAGCUUUCUCCCAGAUGGUGAUCAGCUUCUACUACGGGGGCAAACUGGUGGGCCAGGCCACUACCACGUGUCCCGAGGGCUGCCGCCUGUCUCUCAGCCAGCCGGGGCUGCCCAAGCUGUAUGGGCCCGACGGCCUGGAACUGGUGUGCUUCCCCACGGCCGACGUCAUCCCCAGUGAGCGGCAGAGGCAGGUCACGCGGAAGCUGUUCGGGCACUUGGAGCGUGGCGUGCUGCUGCACAGCGGCCGCAAGGGCGUGUUUGUGAAGCGGCUGUGCCAGGGCCGCGUGUUCUGCAGCGGCAACGCCGUGGUGUGCAAAGGCCGGCCCAACAAGUUGGAGCGGGACGAGGUGGUGCAGGUCUUCGACACCAGCCAGUUCUUACGAGAGCUGCAACAGUUCUACGCCACCCAGAGCCGCCUUCCCGACAGCCGGGUGGUGCUAUGCUUUGGGGAGGAGUUUCCAGACACAGCGCCCUUGCGCUCCAAGCUCAUUCUUGUUCAGGUGGAGCAGUUAUAUGCCAGGCAGCUGGUAGAGGAAGCUGGGAAGAGCUGUGGUCCUGGCACUCUGAUGUCAGCUCCGGAGGAGCCCCAGCCAGACCAGGUCUUCCGGAUGUUUCCAGAUAUAUGUGCCUCUCACCAGAGACCCUUUUUCAGAGAGAACCAACAGAUCACCGUUUAAGCCUCUCUCCUAGGCACCCCACCCCAUCUUCAGCUCAAGCUUCACGUGACGCGGACUAUCACAAUCUUGAAAGGACACAUACUUGUCUGACUCAGGAGGUUGGGCCAGAGCUCUGUUCAGAUGCAAACAGUCAAAAUUUCCACCAGUCAGAUGCCAUGAUCAGAACCUGGGACUAGGAUGUUUAUUUUCUACUGUUUUCUUUAUUAUUACUGGCUGUAAUUCCUUCAGCAUGUUGGGUUCGUGGUCACUUUGGUAGGCUUGUCAUUCAUGGUGAGUGGCAGAUAGUGACUCUGAGGAAAGGAAUGUGCAGCUUAAAAUCGAUGUGUGAGAACAAGGCUGUCUUUAACUCUGGUUCGAGGUAGAGUUAUGAUUUCCUGUACUGGAUUCUGCACAAAGCAUCUUUUUACCUUUAGACCAUGUAACAAGAUUUAAAAAUAUUUAGCUACAAGUCUCCCCUGUCAGGUGGAGGCCAAACCCGCAGCUUGUGGAGCGUGCGUGGUCCUCCAGAGCUCAGGUGCCAGGAGAAAUGCCCAUAGCUAAGCACCCUGGCAUGUGGCUGCAGACAGCACAAGCCUUUCCCCUGGGGUUUUAUUGCCUGCAAGCUGACAACCACGUUUAUAUUUUUUUUUAUUUCUAUAAUUAAAACAUCCCCGAUACCUUGCUCUCUUCUUUCUAAAUGGUUUGAAAAUAUUUGUAUUUUCAGUUAUUUCACAUGUGCUAAAUUGCUUAGGAUCUAUUCUUUUUUCUUUAAAGUGGGCAGGAUGUAAGUUGGAAGCUGGGCAUGAUGGUAUACGCCUUUAAUCUCAGCAAUUGGGAGGCAAGGUAGGAGGAUCGCUAUAA